AUUAUCUUGAUCAUAAGAUUCAGAAUUAGUUGAUACAUUUGCUUGCUUCUGCUAUUAAGUCUGAGAUUGUUAAGAAAAUAAAGAGUGCAAAAUAUUUCUGUGGGCAAGGACUGUUUGAAGUCCUAGAGAAUGAACUAAAGCUUCUUGAUCUUGAUAUAGAUGAUGUGAGAGGACAAGGUUAUGAUAACGGGUCAAAUAUGAAAGGAACACAUCAUGGAGUCCAAAGGAGACUUUUGAAUGUAAAUCCUAGAGCUUUCUAUUCUGCUUGUGGUUGUCAUAGCCUUAAUCUGACACUUUGUGAUAUGGUUAAGACUUGUGAUAAAGCUAAAGACUUUUUCGGAAUUAUUCAACGCAUAUAUACUAUUUUUGCUAAUUCUACUAAGAAGUGGCAUAUUCUGAAGGAGAACAUCACCGGAUUAACUCUCAAGUCAGUGUCAGCAACACGUUGGGAGAGUCGUAUUGACAGUGUUAAAGCUAUUCGACUUCAAUGUGCAGACAUUCGGGAGGCCCUACUUCAGGUAUCUGAGACAGAUACUGACAUAAAAACGAGCAGUGAGGCUAAAGGUUUGGCAAAUAAUGAACUUGGAGAGUACGAAUUUAUAGUGGCAAUAGUCAUUUGGUAUGAGGUAUUAUAUGCUGUUAAUUUAGUAAGCAAACAUUUGCAAGCAAAGGAUAUGCUUAUUGAUGUUGCUAUUGAGAAAGUGCAAGGACCGAUUACUUUCUUCAAGGGGUAUCGGGAAACUGGUUUUUUAGAAGCAUUAGAGACGGCCAAAGGAAUUGCACUUGAGAUGGAUAUUGGUACAACAUUUCGUAAAAGACGGGAAAUUAAAAGAAAGAGACAUUUUGAUGAGAACCCAGAUGACACAAACAUUGCCACACAGUCUGCAGAGGAAUCAUUCAGAGUAAACUAUUUUGUACGUAUUGUUGAUCAAGCAAUUAGCUCACUCACAAGCAGAUUUGAACAAUACCAGGGUUAUCAGAAAAUAUUUGGUUUCUUAUUUACCUCCGAAACAUUGCAGUCCUUGGAUAAGAAGAGCUUGAAAGCUUCUUGUGAUAAUCUGAAGGUUGCUCUUACAAAGGAUGGAAAAUCCCACAUUGAUGCCAAUGAACUCGGAACGGAGCUUUUCAAAAUUGAAGCUAUUGAAGUCUUAUAUGCAUACUACCAUGACACAAAAAGACUUACUGAUUUGACCAUAAUAGCACUUGAGAGUGAAGUAUUGGAGAAGAUUGAUUAUGAGGAUAUUAUUGAAGAUUUUAUUUCAAAGAACACCAAAAGAAUGAUGUUAUUUAAGUAA